AUUUUUCCCACUCCCCGCGAUCGCGCCAGAGAGUGCUUCCGGACGAUAAAGGGAUUUCUCGAGCCUCCUCAUCCUCCUCCUCCUCCUCCUCCUCCUCCUAAGCAUGACUAGCGGCGGCGUGAAACGGCCCCUAUUCAGCAAGUCGGCAUGGAUUGCACCCCCGGCUGCGAAUUCGCCUUUGGCAACCGACGGCGGGUCAAUCUUCGGCCGCAAUGUCGACUAUGAGGACAUCGUGCGAGCGGAGCGGGCGGAACGGGAGAGGAAGGCCGCAAAGACCAAAGCCCGUGGUGGUGGCAAGGAAAAGAGCGAUGAUAGGCACGAUUUGAAGAGACGGCGAUUAUCCCCGGGAGAAGAACGGGACGUUGAGAGUGCUUCGGGCAGCGAGGCGGAGCACAGCAGGAAGAAAAAGAAGGAGGAGGAUGGGGUUCGCGAAAAGCCUGUGACGCGCAGCACGCCGAUGAAACGCAAGGGUUUGAGCGAUGGGCUGGAUGCAUCCACUAGAACACGUCAGUCACCACGGGGUAAGGCUGAUGUGAAGAACACCACCAUAACUCUCGAUGGCGGGGACGAAGAAGAGACCGAGGACGACGAUCUGGUCAUGAGUCCCAGAAAAUCAAAGGCGGAUGAGGUUUUGGACGAAAGGGACUCGGAAGAGGAGGACGAAUACCUACGCCUCCUCAAGCAGAAGGCCCGUGAAAAGGCGCGACUGCAGCGGCAGGACGGCCAAACGGUUCAGAGGUCCAGCACACCGCCUGAUAGAGGAUCUUCGAUAGCCCUGGAAACCGCCGAUCCAAGGUCGCCCUCCGUGGUGCGAGCACAGCGUGACAGUCGGCCAGCCUCGUCCAACUCGAUCCAAGACUUCGGCGUGGCAUCAGCCAGACGGACGCCGAACCCGGACCAAGAGAACGACCCAGAAGUCAAGAUUCUGAUCCAGUCCGACAUCCCGGGCGCCAAAUCGCUGAUCGUCAGGCGCAAGGCAUCGCAGUCCCUGAAACAGGUCAAGGAGUUCUGGUGCCGGAAAUUCGACCUCGAAGAAUCCGUCACCAGGCAGGUCUUCUUCACCUGGAAAGGGACGAGACUGUUCGACUCGACGACGAUGCGCGGCAUCAUCCGCGGCUUAAAGAAGGAUUACCAUCGCCAGCAGCAGCGGCCGCGAAGUCUCAGCCUGGGCAUCGAGGAUGGGGAUGAGGAUGGUGGUGGUGGUGGUGAUGAUGAUGGAUACGACUCUAGCAGCACCAAGGAUCCGAGCGGAGGAAACAUCAUGCUCGAAGCCAUGACGCCGGAGAUCUACGAGCAGAGGCUGCGCGACAAGGAGCGUCGUCAACAACGACAGCGACCGCAAAUCUCCUCUACGGCCGCCGCCGACGGAGAAGACGAGGACGGAGACCCGGAAGAGCAGGAGGACGAGGACGCCGCAAACGCAGCCGCAGCCGCAUCAGAAACACCGGCAGCGGCGGCGGCGGCGGCAGAAAGAGACAAAGGCGCCAUCGUGAUCCGGCUGGUCAGCAAGGACCUGGAGCCCAUGCAGCUGCGGGUGCGGCCGCACACGACGAUCGGCAAGAUCAUGCGCGGGUAUGCGGCGACGAGGAAGGUGGAUGAGGCAAAGACGCCGUGGCUGAUCUUCGACGGCGAGAGGCUGGACGCGGAGAGCACGGUCGAGGAGGUCGGCUUUGAGGACGAGGAUGAAGUCGAGGUAAGUAUCCGUUAAAAAAGAAGGAGAAAUCUCGAAUGCAAUGGCCUGCUUCAAUGUGGGAGAGAAUGUGACCGGAGGGAGCGUAACAUGGGUCGGAAACCGGGGGGCGGGUCUCCAAGUAGCCUCUGUAUACAGAUAGAUAUCAACGAAUAGGCGAGCCAAUAAGUACGCCAACAGGUUGCUGGUGUUCACGACGAGGACAAGGAUGGG